AUGAAGAUCGGCCAGCAGAUCAAGUUUAUUGUCAUCAACAAGCAGGCGAAUUCCUUGCACUCUCUGAUCGCUGAUGGGCAAUACCGCAACACCUCACUGGGUCGUGACAAGUGGAAGUCACUGAUUGAUUCUAAUGCCUCCUUGCAGAAAAACUGUAACAGGGAAGGGUUCAAUGCUGCUAGUGAUAAUUCUCACAACUCUAAAGCAAGAAUCGGUAUCACUGGUAACAAUGAAAAUAAUUGCAAGACCUGUGACUCUAGAUUUGGGUUUGGCACUGGAGGAACUCCUGACAACAGCAACUCAUGUGGAAACGAGGCUACACGUAAUUCAGAUAAUGGCGAAAAGCAUAUUAAGGCAAUGGGAUAUAUUUUGGUGCUGUAAGAAGAAACUUAUCUGGGUUUAUUUACCUUGGUGCCAAACGAAAGCUAGCUUAACUAAACUCUAGAUCCUGUUCCUUUAUGUGGAUAAACAAUAGACUAUUUCUAGAUUGAAUUACACUUAACCAUAAUACAUUAGAAAUGAAAGACAGUGAGAAACUAAGAUUAAAAUCGUUGGCUAAGUCAGCCUCCAUUGCUCCUUAUAGUUUGCUGCCCGCAGAUAAUCUUUGAAGACUGAUGUUUGAUGUGUACGGCGACGGCAACGAGAACAGCAAAAAAAGCAAUGUGUUUAGAUUGGCAAAGUAACAACUUUGCACGUGCAUCAGGCUCUUUUGUACCUCUUUUUUUCCUGAACUUUCAUACAGUCCUUGAGUCAGCUCCAAAAACAAUUGCCAUCAUUUGACAUGGAAUACGCGAGAUAAGGUUUGAGGCAGAGCAACUUCACUUUUUCAGUGACGUUUUCGUAGCCGUCGCCUUCGUUGUUGCUUAAUGUCCCUAUUAGAGACCUUUAGAUUCUAAGACGAGUACGACUACGAGUACGAGAUUUUCUCAACACUAAGUAGUGCACGCGCGUGAACCAGCGUCAUUUUGGCGGGAAAACGCGGUAGCCGUCGUCAUUCUACUACGAGUUUUAGCGCGAAUGUCGUGGUGGCGAAAACAAGUUAUCAAAUGUUAGAAGUUUUAUCAUUUUGCGAUGGGGAAAGCGCGUAACCUCCUUCACUAAAGGUAACAGUGCUAACUUUUCUAGUGAAAAACGGUAAAAUGAAGCUUUUCGGGAAGUCUAUAUUUUGAGAAUACGCGAAAAAACUUCAAGUCAAAUCUCGUACUCGUAGUCAUUGUCGUCCUCGAAUCUAAAGGUCUCUAUUGUCAACAACAAGACUACGAUCACCCGGCGGACGAUCAUGCUCAAUCCACUUUUAAAAUCCAUUUUGAAAUGACUCCUGGGUUCAAACGGAGGCUUGAUUGCCAGUCGCUGUUUGGGAAAGCCAAAGCUUAUCCUCUGGACACAUAUUAAUUAAAACUGUAUAGCUUUAUUUGGUCUUCAGCAUUUCCCGGGAUUCUCCUUUUUAAUAUUUUUCUGUCAGUAAUAUAAUGACUUAAAAAAUAUAGAUCUAAUGGUUAAGUGAAAGCAUCAUGUCUCAAAAGCAACACUUAUUAGUUUGUAUUAUUCUCUUAUAUUGUAAGGAGAGAUUUUCCAUGAAUUCUUUAUUUGCCUCGAAUUUCAUAUAUAGCUUUCAAAUAGUCGCUUUGACGUUGUUUUUAGUAAUUCAUACUACUGAAUUUGCAUAAAGAGGUUUUAGCUCCGCAAAAAGGUUCGUGCCAUUUUAUUGUCCUUUGUUUCAUUUGCUUUGUGUUCGCAAGGUAAUAAUUGUAGAAAAAGCCAACAGUGUUUACAGCUGUCAAAACUAUUUGCCACUGACUCUUUUCAACCGGAUACGUUUAACUUCAAUUGUUGACUUUUAGAAAAAAUCAUUAGUUUUCAGAAUAAUGUCCACUAACUUAAGUUUAUCUUUUAAUUUAAGCUUUCUUUUUAUUCUGCACGACGGCUCCGUUCACAUUUGCACCUUUUUACAGAUGUACCUCGUUUUAACUGGAUAAUACUUAUAUGUAUUUGCAAAUUUAACGUUCUUUAGUCUGUUGGCUAAAUAGUGGCAAAAGAUGAGUUUGGAAUAUGAAAGGUUUUGCUGACUUGCAAAUUCGAAACAUAUUUGUUUUCCUUUAAAACUAGAGAACUAUUAAUUAGUCCGCGUUUCUUCCUAUUUGAACAAACGCUAGCUUGUCUUGCAAUUUCAUUCAUAUUUUGUAAAAUACACUGUGCAUAAACGCUGUACUGUGUUGCUGACCUUACAGCAAACGUAGCUAGCUUUUGUUCCAGUACUUUUACUUUUUAAAAAUAGCAACAAUAAUAAGCUUAGACUGUUCACAGUCCCCUAUUUUUCCGUCAGAUCGUUUAGAUAUACCGCGUCUUACCGUCACGGGUAUCUUGAUUUUCAAAUGUACCGAGGGGGCGGACGUCGGGGAUUAUAGCUAGAGGAGGGGGGGGAGAAAAAUAGAGGGACUGUAAUAACAUCACUGCAACUCGCGUUCACGGAGCGCGUUGUACCAGCAACGCAGGCGUUUGAUUGGUCAUUACACAAUAGAUGUUAAUUUGCGUUGACAACGGGUUUAGUUUAAGUUGCCGAUAUUGACAAGUCGACUUUUCCAUAAAAAGUACGCUUUCAUACCAUAAGGCACAUCUUGCGCAAACACACGAAGGAUUUUUGGUAUUUUGAUUAAUUAGGAAAAUGUUUUCUUGUGCAUGUUUGCAGAUUUUAUUUCGAGGAAUGGCCCAGAAACAUUAUAAAAUCACUGUGUCGAAAGGAGAUAUUUGUAAACACGCGUAAUCGAUGCUAAACGUGUCUGGCAUGUUUUUCAUGACCAGCGGAGUUUCUUAAUUAAUGAAUGGUAAAAGGCGUGAAAUUCCUGUCACGCCUCCUGAACGCUAGCUGCGGUGAUGUUAUUACAGUCCCUAUAUUUUUCUCGCUUCCUCCCAAACCGCCCCCGUCCCCUAAGUGGUUUUGAAACUCAUGCAAUAUGGCAGCCCGUAACGCAAAGUGCUCGAUCUCGAUGAUCUUACGGAAAAAUAGAGGACUGUGAACAGUCUAUAAUAAGCUAUGACUAUCUCUUUUAUUUGAUUUUCAUUUACUUCUAUAGUAAAUGAUUUCUGUUUACAUAUAAAUUGUACUCUCUUGUUUUCAAUGGUUAUUCAAAUCAUAUAUAAGUAAGUUGCUUUGAACUGAUUUUUCGAUUACGUUGCCCAUUAGAUCGAGUAUUUCAGAGCUGAUUACAUUGCUCAUUACAUUGCGGAUUUCAGAGCUGAUUACAUCGCGGAUUACAUUUUCUGAGCUAAGGUACGCUACGUGUACAAGAAUAAACGCUGUUGGAACCAAAGUUCAGUUUGCCUUUGCUGUACCAGUUAGUGGUUUGAUACCUCAAGAGAAGUGACGGCCCUUUCCCGCCAGCGAGUUGCAAUUGAGUCUAGUUUCCCCCCACCCUUAAUCGAGAGUUAAAGCGCCUAGUUCCCGUUGAGUGUUCAAAUCGUUCAAAAGUGGAAAAACUUUCCGUCACAAUAUAUCCUUACCAUACUUAUGCUUGUACACUAUGAGAAAAUAAUUAUAAAUAAAUGCUCCUCUGUCUCAAGUCGUAAAAUUACAAAACAAAGCGGUUCGUAAUAUAAAUGAUGUUCCUUUUAAUUAAUGGAAUCAAAAACUCCACACUACGUAUCCCUUAGCCUUUUGAAAUUUCCUGAUACUGUUAAACUGAACACAUGUAUGCUUUUUUUGAUUAUUUCUACCGUGAAAAGUUCUCUAAUAUACCUGUUUCACUAGUAUCUGAGCUACAUAAUCACAAUUAUACCCGCAGUGCAUUAUCUAAUCAAAUAGUUAUGUCCCCAUUACGAACUCAUCUCAGAAGAUUCUCCCCCUGCGUUAUUGGAAGAUUCUUGUGGAAUAGCAUUCCGCAAUUAAUGUAUUAUUUUUGCCCCCGAAUACAGCAUUCUCUCUUCCCUCCUCACCGCAUUGACAGGCAAAUUGUACCUCAGCAACUGUGAAUAAAACCGUUGAAUUAGGAGCAUUGUUUAUUGUCAAUGAUUCCUUUUCUUGACGCAGGAACUAGAAGGGAGUUUCUCUGAUUCACCUACACAAGUAACCACCCACCCCUCCCUUACUCGGCAAGCUUUUAUUUGUUACGCCGGCUGGUACCUAAAAAAACACAUAACUCGCCGGCAGAUGACUUAAACCAUGAUGCGUAGAACUGAUAUUGUAAAAAAGGACAUUUCUUGAUUCAACCUACUUGAAAGAAGGUGCUCAAAGAUUUUUUUCAACUGAACUACAUAUAACUAGAAGAAUCUCUGGCAAAAAAAAUCGAUUUGAACACAGCGUUAUUUUCAGGUCUCAAAAACGCACCAACAAUUUUCUUUGAAUCAUUUUUAGAACGUUUGCUAAGAAACUUAAGUUUGAAAUUUGAACUAACCCGAGCCACCCAUCCCAUUGUUUUAGGCGGUGGGGCAAUUAAAGUUGGGUUCUUGCCACAGACCGAUUCCAAAGCAGGUGAUUCCUUUUACUAAUGCGUUAAUACUGAGUUUGCUAACAGUCAGAUGGACACAAUAACCACGUAUAAGCAAAUCCCGAUAAGAAUUUGGUCUUGCGUUUCAUUCAAUUCCGAAGAGUUUUCAAUUGCAUCGAAGUCCCAAAAACUUUAAAUAGUUUUAAUAUGGACAGUUGAUUCUCCUUAUUUUGCAAGAUGUCAUAGAUAGGUUCCCUUUUUAUUGAUGCAACAGCCAUACUUAAAUAAAUAUUUAAGACUGUAUAAACUAGACAUAACUUAACAGUGCUAAUGAUCGAAAAAACCCACGUAGUCUCUAAAGCCUUACUGAACAGUAUAUUCUUCUUAUUUGGCAAGUCGUCAAAAAGCUACUGUUGUUAAAGACUAAUAAUUAACGCAUAAUUUAAAUUUUAACUGUAUUGGUCGAAAAACCCAUUAAGCACUCCCGAGCAUUAAAAUAACAUAUUCAAGAACUUUUAAGUAAAGCUAAAGGGAACCUAUCAUUUUUUCGCUUUUCAAAAGGAAUAUAGAGGAUUCGAUGUAAAUUCUUUUCGAAAGAAAAGCAAUGGUUGUAGUUAGAUUUUUGGACGCACAAAAAACGAUUUUGCGAUGGCUGCUGAUUGGCACUUUUAUUCAGACCGGUGACGUCAUUGAUGGUAGAAUAACGCAUUUACGAAAAGACUAAACAUAAAGUCUUUUCUGAAAAUAUAACUUUCCUUCCACCCCAAAUCACCCUAAAAAAAAAUUUGCUGAGUCGGUCUCAGUUUUAUGCUUUUUAUGUUGUAUGUCAACAGUUAACUAAAGAAGCUUUCAGUGUAGCUUUUUGCUGACGUCAUUGUUUACAUUUUUCCUCAUUAGCAUACGACUUAACUCAUAGAAGCCGUGGCCGUAUAUAUGAAUUAAAUGCAAAAGUCGAAAGAGCUGAUAAAGUUGGGCAAUUUGUGCAAUUUUCAGCUCCUUGCGAGCAAUAUUGAAGGAAAUAUCAGUCAUCAAAAACUGCGAAAUUGCUGUGUGGCAAAAAAGUUAAUUAGCCAUAAUUUCGAGUUUUUAGAAGAGAAUUUCUCCGAAACCAUUCAGUGAAUUGGGCUCAAAUUUUCAGAGAUAACUGAAACUGUUAUGCCCUUUCAAUAUUCAGAGUUUUUAUUUUAUUAGCGUCAUCAGACAGUGAUAAGCAUAUUUUAAUGAGGCAAAAAGUGUAAACAAAGAUUCGCCCAUACAGUGCAUUGCGUGAGGUUUCAAGACUUGUCAUUAAUUGGUCCUGCCAGAAUACUAAAGCGACAUAACAGACAAACAAAGUCAUGAAUAACCACAUUUCAUAUUGUACAAAAAAAACUGGUGGUUUUUAGAACGGCUAUCACUUUACAAACCACUGUUUUUGGCACUGUUUUUAGGACUGUUGAUUUUCAGCUAAUGCACCAAUUAUUCGGUGCCAUCUUGGUCUGUUCGCUGCCCUUGAAGUUGCUGAGUUUACAGAAGUUAGAGUAAAGUGAUAUUCUUUGGUAUUUUACGUAUUAAGCUAAAUUUUUCAUUUCCCCUUUCUCAUUUCCCUGUGCACCUUUAUGAAAAAAAGCUUGUUAUUUCUCCUGCAGCAAAGCCAGAGGUGGAAGAAAAUAUCGCCGUGUCUGUUUCUGUUUUUUAUGGCUUUUCAUUGGUCAAAAAUCUGAGAAACGCAAAUAAAUUAUCGAUAUACAGAAGCAGCUGCUUGUUGUUUGCCGCCAUAACGGCGUUAACACCAUAGUUGGUACAACAAAGUGGAGUGAAGAUUUCUGCCACAGUAGAAAGAAAGGACAUUUUAUUCAAACGUUCAAAGUGCUUUAGUCGUUAUGUUUUUUGUUCUUAUCGUCUUGUGGACUUCGAUGACGCCAUUCUGUGUAAUUCAAGGGCAAUUCUGCAGUGGAGGUAAGCCUUGUUUGUGCGGUGUACUUGCUAAACAGGGAACAUCUUAUAUUCGCGAAAACCGUUUUUAUCUAGGGAUAAAAGAAAAGGAUAAAACAUGAAAUUAAUGGAAAACAAUUUAAUGAUGAUUUACAUUAAUUUCGUCUGUUCGCAAGGUUCAUUAUAUUGUCUUAAAUAGACCCUGCCACGGUUCAGUUUUUUUCAAGUUUUAGUAAAGACCAGUUAGCGAAUAUCCAUUGAUACUGCUGGAAAUAGAGCCUUAACAUUAGGAACUUGUUUACAAGGUUUAAAUGUGAUACGUUAAAAGAGAGCGAAGAUAUUUCUCUUCAAUGUCGCUAAAUUUUACAAACGAACUUGCCCCCUUCAUACAUUAACGUCUGCAAAAUUCGGCGACUAUGCAGAGCUAUGUCUUCGUUAGUUUUCGAUAAGUUACGUUCAAACUAGGCAACUUUGUUGAUUUUAAGGCGCGUUCUUUCUAGUCGAACAAAGAAAGGGUGAUAACAAACAAUAAAGUUAUUCAUCAUUCAACUUCACUCAGUAGAGUACAAAUAACGCUACGUUGUCCAUUUUAGUCAUUGAAGUGAUAUUGACAACUUUUGUUUGAGUCAACAUGAGUUGUCUUUAAAAGAUAUCAACCACAUAAUCACGAUUAUAGCGGAGCUCUGGCGCAGCGGAGCACCUUGGGUAAGAAAAUUUGGUAAACUAUCCAUCAGAGAAAAUUUGGUCAUGGCGUCACCGUACACCUGCGCGUACGUACGUUCUUUGGGGGCGGGGGAAGAGAGUUUUGAAUCAGCCCGAAUCGGGUAGGACCCUCCGUCCGCACCACAGGGAAAUCAUAUUUUAUCUCACACUUACUAGCUAGUUUGGGAACCUGCUACUUGAUAUUGAAAAUCCAUGUUGUGAUCAAUUGACAGCUGUCAAAACAGGGCAUCCGCUGACCAGCAUCACCUGACUCUGUAUCGCGGGCUCAGGGGUCCACCGAUUGAGGUCAAGUAUUUUUGAAGUAAUCCGCUGACAAGUUACUAGUUUUCAAGUGAUCGCAGACUUAAGUUCAAUUUUUUUAAAUUCAUAUGAAAUUUGUUGUGUUAAUAUGUUGUGUUAAUGUGCGGCACCAUAAAAUUUUGAUUUCAAACUGACCUCGGACGCGAAAAUUCAGCUAGCUAUUACAGGCAGGGAAGACAGUUGCCUUUGACUUUUCUCACCAUGGUGAUGCGUUAGUCACGCUCUACGUCCAAUUUUUAUGCUCUGAUUGGUCAAAAUUUGACAGGUGAGUUCUUGCAGGUUUUUGGUUGAGGAAUGCGUCGCUUGUCAAAGUCGGAAAUCCGAUUUCGGAUGGCAUAGUUUUCGUUUUUCACCUCGCUUGAUGAGUAAGAGGGUUGAAAUCUCUCAAGCGAUUCUGGCCUUCUUGAAUGGUAAACCUGAGUAAUUAUAUAUUUGGUGUUUGUUUUUUCUUUAUCUAAUUUCGUGAAGUCGAGCGUAGUUAAUUAUGCGGCUAAUUUGCACGUUUGUAAGAUUUAAGACAAUGAUCUGACUUAGUAUCAGGUUUGAUAUAAGCUUACAGAAGCUUUAGACAUUUUCCCACUGCAAAUAGAAAUAAACCGUUCCGAAGAAUAUUAAGUUAUAAUUUUGGCUGUAAAAAGAAAGCUUUGAGCGAUUUUCUUGCCUCGAGUUCAUCUUUGAAAAAAGCAAACAGCGGGAAGCCGGCUUAAAACAUAAACUCAAGCUUAACGCUUGAAGGCUCAGGAUUUUUAGAGCCACUUUAAUACUUACAACUCUUCGUGAAUGAAAAUUGUUGUCUCGUUAAAUGUUUCACCAAAUUUCAUUUUUUUUUUAUUGACUGUUAGUAGUCUCUCUUGCAAUUUUAAUCGCUGUGCCGUUCGUUUUUAGUCGUUCAUGAACAUCGCUUUCAGGAGUACUCAAAAUGCUGCGCGUGUCAAACGCUCAGUUUAACGUACACAUGGUUAUAAAACCAUUAAAUAAAAAAUAAACAUAAUAAGUUCUUUAUUAUGUUGAAACGUAACUCUAUUAAUGCGCAAACAUUUGACAGCUCACACUGCAAAUUAAACUUGGCGCUUAUCAAAAGUGGGAACCGGCUGGUCGUAUAGGUGAUUUCGAAAUAAUUUUUUGAACGGCUUCGCUAAAAGCCCACGCGUACUUCGAUCGUCCUGAAUAUUAAAUAGGUGCAAUUUGUCUUGUAAAAUUGUGAAAUACGUUACUGCAUUCUGUCCGAGGUCUGUAUGGUAAAAACAGCGCCUCCUAGUAUACUGUUUCACCUCAGAUGUGAUCUAUAAAAAGUAUAGAAGGCUGGUAACACGCCAUCAGAUUUGUUGGCAAGAUUUUAGAGUAAACUGCCAAACGCAGAAAAAUUGGGCCUGAUUUGUUUUCCAAGAAUUUGUUUUUCAGGCCUAUUCCACCGUGAUCAAGGCUCUUAAAUGCAAUCGAAGAUUGUUGCUGUUUUUUUGGGUGUACAUAUAAGGCUAUUAACUCGAUGUGAGAUUUGUUUCACCCUUCAAUUAUUAUUCUCUAAACUCGCUUAGCCUUUCCUUCAAACGUCACAUGAAAGGUGUCCUAGAGUUAACUUAUUUGUGGAUUACAAGUUUUUGUUUGAUUUAGGUUACAAAUUUAUUAGUGAGAGCUUCGCUUUUAACCCUGGCUAAAUCUAUAUAUUACUCAGUUAAAAACUGGCAUUGGAAUCUUUUCUGAUAUUGCCGGCACUGUCAUGACCUACUUCCGACUAAAUACUUUUUGGCUACCAUGCAACUUGGAGUGCUGUAGGAAAAAUUAACGAUACUGCUUGUUUUUCUCUUUGAAGUUUAAUUUCCCUCUUUGGGCAUAAGGUUGUUUCGUUGCGACUGAGUGAAGUUUCCUUCGAGUGGUUUGUUGCUUGGGAUUAUUUUGAUAUUCGUUAAAGGCUGAAAAAGUAAGUUGUGAAUUGAAUGCCCGGAGAAAGAUCUCCUCAUAUACAAUAGGUUGUGUAUUGAACGACAACCUUUUUUCAGUGGUCAUUGCAUUUAACUUUUCCUUAAUUCUCUCAGACACCUGUCGCCAGCUAGAGUUGGACCACACUUUUGAUGGAAGGCGCUUCAAAAAUCACUUUAUUCGUACUGUUGACGUCGCUGGGGAAAGAUCCUGCCGGACUUUGUGCUACAUGGAACCAAACUGCGUCAGUUACAACUUUAACAAAGUCACAAGGAAAUGUGAGCUGAAUAAUUCCACUUUAAAAGAAGGGAAAGAAAAGAUGGAGACAAAUCCAGAUUAUAAAUACUGUGAAGCUAGGGUAUGAGAGCUUUUAUCCCAGUAUACAGUGUACGGAUAGGGAAAAGUUACAAUCUCAAACUCAUUUUCAAAUAUCUGGUUAAGGGAAAUAAGCUUACAGUCAGGGUACCCAUUAAGGGAGUAUUAAGCAAGCAAGCAUAUAUGCCUUUACAAAAUUAAUGAAAUUCAUACAUACACGUACAUUUUUUUUUAACAACGGUACACUUUUUUAUCAAGCGAAAUACACAGUGUCAUCUUCUGACAGAGUCUAUAGAGAGUGAAAUUAACCCCUAAGAUUAGGGAGCUUUUCAAAGGUCAGAACAGGCCGGCCGCCCCGGUCAUAUUGAAAAUGAAAUAUUCGUUUCUCGAAAUUUUUACUAAAACUCAUCAUAGCCGUGCAAACCUUUUAGAAAUAAACUGAUCGGGCUGGAUAGUCCUGAUUAGUAGUGGAAUUCUCCUCAUGAGUGGACUGGUACAUUUAUUACACGUGCAUACUGACUAAAAACAUCCCCUGUUCGCAUAUAGCUUGGCUAUAUAUUUGCGGCAGUCAGAGGAUAACAUUAUAAAGUAAUUCACUACGAAGGAAUUACUCAAGUAGAUUAAGGCCUGGGUCAUAACAGAGUUUUCAGAAUUUUUAAAGGGCGUAGUAUAACGUAAACUAUUUUCAAGAUAUCCCAUGACUAGCAAUUUAAGGCCAAUCAUAACCAAGAAAUCUUCCAGUUUCAUCUUAAAAAUUGUUUAUAACUGCAUCAUGUGACUAGCCACGCCCUGUUUUACCAAGAAAUCCUUUGAGUUGAAAUUCCCAUCAGAAAGUGGGUAAACCGUUUUCCUUCAGUAGGUUCAAAAAGUGGCUACUAAUAGUCUUCAUGUAAAAACAAUCGGAAAGAGACGAGGUUAAUAAACGUCUUUCUCCCGUCGAUGUCGAAGUCAGAGAACACUAAUUGCACCCGCCAAUUGUAAUGCUUCGAACCAUUCCGAGCUGAUUUCGUAGACACUUUGUAAAGACAAUGUUCUUAUACAGAGAAACUGGAGCUAGUUGUUUGGCAACUUGUGGGAAUCGAUGGUUACAAUUUUCGAACAAUGGAGGGCGUGGUCGAUCACGUGACCAAAUAAUUGAAAUUUAUUUUUUCAAGUUUUCUUAAGUUUAGUUUACUUUACGAUAUAUCGUCCAACGUGAAAACCAUAGUUUUUGGAAACUGUACAUAAAAAUUAUAAAUGACUUGGACCCAGGCCUUAAUCUACCUGAGUAAGAAAAGGAGCAUUAAGGAAUGCCUUUUUUCUUGUCUCUUACCAGAAUGCCUGUGGGAAUAAACCUUGCAAGAACAAAGCAACCUGUCAAACUGGUUUUACCGGAAAAGGAUACCGGUGUUUGUGUACUGUUGGAUUUGAAGGGGAGCAUUGCGAGAACGGUAAUUUAAUCCGGCAUGUUUUCCUGCUAGAAUUUGCUGCCGCACCAAAUGAUCUUUUCCCUUAAGACAACAACAAAUUUAUUGCACAUGGAAAAGUUUAUAACUAAUAAAUUAAAGUAAACUGAAAAGGAAGAGGGAAAAAAUUCACACAACCCGCAGUUAGCUUAAGUUAAUUAAGGCGGGAGACGAAGUGGACAAGAAACAAAAAUAAGAAAAAAAAAUAUAUCAUAUAUAAAAGUGAAAGACAUAAUAUAUUCGCUGUUUCAACCAGGUUUCAACCGAUUUUUGCCACAUAUCCCGACGUUUACGAGUUUCAUUCAGUUUUACUCGUUCUUGUAGCGUGGUUACUUUGAAUGAAAGUAAAAAUAAAAUAAAAUACUUACAGUGCGUCCACACGAACCGAGACCACCCAAACAAAAUUGAAAUUAACCAAUCACAAGUCGAGAUCUAAAAAAUGAAAUUGCGCAUAAUUGUACAAUUUUUUUAAAGGAUGUAAAAACGAGGAAUAGAGAGUACGAUGUUUUGACAUCGUCUGGGUUGGCCAGAAUCAAAGCCAGCAGUAAAGAAAUUUUGAACAAUCCGAAGGUAAGGUGACAGCCACUCAUUUCAUGGCAAACGGCGCUCAGCACUGAGUAAAUCGCAGCCCUGGGGCCCGUUUCUCGAAAGUCCCGAUAAUCAACGGGCCCGGUAAGCUGUUGCCUUUUACAUUAAGAUCGAGGUUUUAAUAGUUUUGCAUCUAACAAGAUAAAACUAUCAGUUAAUGAAACAAAAUGGAGUAGUUUGCUAGCCAGGACCCACGCUUUUAUUCUUUAUAUUUCGAUUUCAGUAUUUGAUUUCGGUCCCGAAAAGUUACACGGACUUUCGAAAAACGGCCCCUUGGUAAUUACAAAGAUAUGGGCUAGGUUAUUGCAAAUUACAAUAUGCAACAAAACUGAGAAUGACAACAGACUUCUCAAGAAUAGCGAAGGAAAUAGCCAUGGUUAGUGAAAUUUUUGUCGAGGGAAGGAGGCAGACGUUGCUUUAUUCUUGGAAGUGACAAAAAUACGAAAGAUCAGAAAAAAUCUUCGAAGCAAACUAGUCGAUGACUGCCCCAAACUAUAGUAAGUAACGAAGAAACAAACAAAACGGAUCAAAAUCCACCAAUCACAAAUCAUGACCUUUUGAACCCGCUCAAGUGAACAUAUGUUUCCUAAGAGGUCCGCCAGAUGACUGACAGAACAAACACAAAAUUCCUUCGAAUAAUAAAAGCGAUGUUUGGUGAGCCGCCAACCCAGGCGUUGUCAAAACAUUUUUCAACAUGAUUUACACAAACAUCAUGAUUCUUUAUUUUCAAUAUCUGGUUUGCAACUUAUUUUGAACUGGCUCUGAGUACAAAAUUAUGCGCAAUUUCAUUGUCUUGAUUUCGAAAACACUUGUGAUUGGCUAAUUUCAAAAUUUGUCUCAUUCUUCAUGUCUGGUUGGCCUCAAUUCGUGUGGUCGCACUGUAAUAAAUAUACCCUGGUCCCAGAGGUUUUUCUUGAUUUUUCCUCGCGAAAGAGAUCAAGAGCAAACCGCGAAGCGGCGACAACGAGUCGCGAAAGCGACGAGGAGAGACAGAAAAACCUCUGGUUACCUUGACCUCGAAUCUCACUUCCAUGCAGACGACAGGGUCAGGAUCUGACCCUCGGGCGUUGAUUGGUUGAUAUUUUUUCAAACGCGCAAACCAAUUUGAUUGGCUCGUUUAAUUGUAACUACCGAGGGGACGCUGAGGAUUUUCACACCUCAUUUUGCCUCUCUCUACAAGGGAAGAAAAUUGUUUGUAUGCUGCACUCGCAAUAACAUUUGCACGGGACCAAGGCACGUAGAGGCACGCCAUGGAUGUUGUUCCUGAAAGAAUAUUCGAAGAAAUUUUGACCUCGGUACUUAAUGAGCGCUUUCCCGAGUCUCACUGAGCAACAAAAGAAAGCUUUGUUCGCUGCGUUGAGUCGAAAGGAUGUGUUCACCAUUUUAUCAACCGGACAUGGAAAGUAUAUUUUCUGUUACAAUACUGUCAUUCCAUUAAAUAAACUAACUUGUUUAGGGCAGCAAAAUAAAAAAUCUCCGAAUACGGAAUGAAAGUUUCCUUGUAGGAAAAAAAAACAUACAACUUUGUACAAGUGCGUAAUCAUUUUCGGUGCAGCUUGAUUUUCCUGCGACGCCCAAAAAGAUCUAACCGACGCUCAAUGUUGUACCCAAUUCAAAUCUCCCCGGGGAUAAGAUUCUUUGUGUAUUGCAUUUGCAUUAUAAUGUGGCAUUCACAUUUAAAUGAUAUGGAAAUUCCUGAAACAAAACGUUUUAUUCCCAAAGGGUUUGAAUUGGGUACAUUGAGUUAGCCGAAUAGGUCUAUUGGGCCAACAAAAACCUCUGAAAGUACAUUCCGAACCUUAAGGGUUUGUUGUGCUGCAUGACUCUUCCUAGCGUCGCUGUUCCACAAAAAAAGGAAAUGGAGCCACCAAACCAAAAUGCGAGCCAGAUUGCCAGAAUACAUAUUAAUAUUACUAUUUUUAGGGGAAUGCCCGCGAAUCGACGCGAACGGCGCGCCCCGCAGAAGUAAACAAUGUAAUAAGCGCGAUGGAUAGAUUCUUGCAAACUUUACAACUUCCCGCUGGCACACUGCCGACAGAACAGAUGACAAUGUUUGUGAAAAAUCCUUGUUAUCAUACCCAAAUAAAUUCCGCAAAUCCUGCAGCAUUCGUUUGGAACAAUGUCGGUUUCUUUAUAAAGUGGUCUUCUUAUUCCUGGACUCUUGUCGCCCAUCGUUAACACAUGCUUUAGCUUGACCCCGAUUAACAAAUCACUCUUUACCACCCAAGUGAAGAUGGUUUGUUCAUAACAUAAUUUUCCCAGGUCUACCCCCACUUAAAAAAAUUGCGGUCGAUAAGCACGUGUUUGCUAAGUUGCCAUUGGUCACUCUUUUUAUUAGCAAUUUGACGCGUUUGACAGCUGUCGUCUGCAUGAAAGUGAGAUUCGAGGCCAAGGUAACCAGAGGUUUUUCUCUCUCUCCUCGUCGCUUACGCGACUCGUUGUCGCCGCUUCGCGGCUUGCUGUUGAUCUCUUUCGCGAAGAAAAAUCAAGAAAAACCUCUGGGACCAGGGUAUAAUAAAUAUGACUUUAGUGACCUUUAACGGCCGGGGUCUUCGCCGACCACAUUCCAGAUCGAAUUGGAAUUUAAAAAUGUUUUUAUUUCGGUGAGGAGAGAGGAAAGGACUGACCUGACCGAAGGGAGUAAACGGAGAAAACCUCUCGGGCAAGAGCGAGAAAUAACAACAAACUCAGACACAUAUGGCAUUGCUUAUUAAAGAAGCCACUAACAGCUGCACCUAUUUAUUUUAAGUAGGCUCCUAUCUUAGACGUCUGAAGGUGAAACGGUACCACUGUCUCCCUUGGCCUCCUUUUAACAAGACCGGGCGGCUCUUUAAAUAUGUCUUAUGAUACAAACACUUCUGUUAGUUUUUGAGUAGCUAGUGAGGUUGGCCUUUGAAGCUUUAUUAUAAAGUCGAUAUCAAAACAAAAUCUUUGUCCAGUAAAACUGACUUGACGGGUUAAAGCAUGGAUUGGUGUAUUCACUUUGAUUCCGGAAAAAAAAGUUAACUUUGAACAAGAUCAGCUCUGGGAAAAAGAGGCAAAAAGCGCAAGUAGAUCGGGCGGAAGAAAAGAGGCAAGAAGGGAGGGGGCGCGUCCUUUAUCAAGAGGGUUCCAAGUUUGGGACGUCAAUUUUUUAAAUUAUAUGUUUUCCUUUUGUUUUUCGUUUCGAUACACCGCUUUUUUGAGUGGUUUCGUUUUGUUUAUUAUCAAGAAUAGGGAUCUGUGGGUCCAAUUUUCUUGUGGGUACGUUUAUAAGUCCAAUGGGAUGUUGCCAUUUUCAACCUGAGUCCUCUGGCUUCCUAUUUUCUGAAAUAAGAAACUUAAUUAGAUUUGUCUACAUCAAAAGAUUUCAGCCAACCAUUCAGUUCUCGUGAGUUAUUCGUUUUAUAAAUAUAACCAUGGAUUGACCAUAAACUGUUUUAUAGACAUUGACGAAUGUGCAAAAAAUACCCACGAGUGCGGUGCCAAUGCUUACUGCAGUAAUACCAAGGGAGGCAGUACCACUGCACUUGUCAUCCGGGUUAUUAUGGAGAUGGAAAGAAUUGUGAGCCAGGUAAGUUGGCAGAUAGAGUAGUUUCGAGAGAGUGACGAGAGUGAUGACGCGGAGAGUGUUGACGAGGGUGUCAUACUCCUUCAAAAAUGUUUUCUUGUUCAUAAAAGAAUUUGUCUUUUCGACCUUCUCGAGGCCUGGUUGCAUGCUUAAGACCUAUUUUCCUUCUUACUAAACGGGACUCCGUUUUGAAUAGUAUAGGAAAAAACUGAAACUGGUGUUACGUUGUGGUCGGAGCAAUUUGGCCAGCAUAAGAUUCGCUAGAUUACUCGGGCGCAAAGCUUUAUCAAAUUAAGGAGUAAACAUUUUACGAAUUCAAAAAAGAAAAUAUUUUUACUUUAAGUAGUUAUUUAAAAAAUCCUUGCCCAUGUUUCUUCUUACUGGUGAAUGUAAUCCCUACAAAAUAAAACAGCUAAGACGUUUUACCGCGGUGACUAGUACUAUAACUCGCACGUUAGCAACUCUAUUCAUAUCUCACUUUCUCUUAUUUUGUUACACAGUUUCAUCAUGCAAAGACCUUUUUAACAAGACGAUGUGAGUAAAAACAACUACCGUAAAAUUCCGAAAAUAAGCCCCACCAAAUAUAAGGCCCCCUAACCGGUAACACAAAAAACCCUCCGUUAAAUCGCCCCUUUAAAUAGAAGCCCGCUGGGGGGCUUGUAUUUGAAAAAUUGCCCUCAAAUACAAAGUAAAAUAAAGCAAAAACGGUAAAUUUACUUCCAACCAUAAGGCUAGCCCAAUCGAUUUGAAACGCAAAUUUUACGGUACUUUAAUUUUUCGGACCAUCAAAAUCUCGAAAUUUGUCGGCUGUCAAGUGAGAAUGAGGCUUUGUUGGGUGGGGGAAUCAAACGAAUGAAAACACCUUAAGGUUCAGGCAUGAGUAAUGCAUUCCUUUUGCUAAAUUAUUCCCCGAAGCCUGGGAGACAAGUAUGAGUUUUAAUAUCCUAUUGGCAGUUGUCAAAAUGGGGCAUCUACCUGCCUGUAUCACAGGUUAGUCUCAUACACAGCCGUUCUCUUUGGCGAAGAGCUACAAGGAGGCUGGUCCCCAGGUGGCCUAGUAACUAGGCUUUUAUAGAUUUUGCUAUCAUGAUUUUUAGGAUAAUUUGAGAAAACUAGCAUAACUUUCCCAUUUUUUAAAACGUAGCACUGCUAUAGCAUAAUUCGCAUAUUUUGAUAAUUAUCGGAACAUUUUUGGGUUUUGACAGGCACGUUGAUUUUCAAAUCCCAGUUAGACCCUGACGUUGUUCUAUGUUUUAGCGGUAUUAGCAGUUUACUGAGCCCGGAAAUGGGGGCCUGGGACUAGGGUGUACGGGAAACGGAAGUCCCAUGGCAAACCAUGUCGGUCCCAAUACCUCUCAUAGGCAAGGCUACAAAAAGGCGUCAGCUAUGCCAGCCGAUUCGAGCGAAAACUUACAGCUCUCUCAGAGAAAAGAUGGGCCAGAACCAGCCACAAUUGACAGAGCCGAGACCGUUAUAUAUUAUAGCUAACAAGAAUAAAGGACUUCUGAUUAAAGAAAAUGUAGUUUUGGACUUAUUUGCCAUGGUUUUUGAAGAGAACAAUUUAAAGAAAAGUAGCAUGCUUUGGAAAAAUGAGCAUAAUUUUAGCAUAAUUUGGCCAAAAAAAGACCAGUGCCACUGGCAUAAUAUACUACUUUUACUAGCACAAUCUAUAAAAGUCUACCAGUAACUGGCGAUCAGGGGUUGAAUUAUAGAUUAUCGUCCAGCAGUAGCGAGCUAAGCAACGAGAACGCUGACGUCCGGGACUUCAUGAAUAACAACCGGAAGUUUGAUUUCUUUCUUGAUGGAACGCUUCUGUCUCACACAACAAAUCUGUAUGCCUUUGUUUCAACUCCUGCUGUUCGAUUCUGUCAAGUCACAGCUUCCGUUUGCCAUUUUAGAGUCCGGAACUUCAACGCUCUCGUCGCUUAAGGUCCCUAUUUUGUUCCUUGCAGAUCAAAGGAGAACCAAAGCUACCCACUGAUUUUGGGAGAUGACGUUUUCGACAUUUUUUGCAACAUGACCGUGGCCCCUAUUAACAAUGAAACAUGCGGAGAUGGUGGAUGGACGCUGGUCAUGAAAAUUGAUGGAAAUAAG